UCACAGGUCCUGGUCUGAGAGAGUCCAGACCUGCAGGAUCUGAGAGGCUCAGACAUGGCCAGCUGUUCAGGAUGUGGACCGGGAUACCGCAGCCCGCUGGACGCCAUGAAGGGUCCUCGGGAAGAGAUCGUCUAUCUGCCCUGCAUCUACCGCAACACUGACACCCUAAAACCCGACUACCUUGCCACUGUUGACGUCGACCCGAAAUCCUCCACCUACUGCCAGGUCAUCCACCGGCUGCCGAUGCCGAACCUUCGUGACGAGCUGCAUCACUCCGGCUGGAACGCCUGCAGCAGCUGCUUUGGCGACGCCUCCAAGAAAAGAAACCGUCUGAUUCUCCCGUCGCUCAUCUCCUCCAGAGUCUACGUGGUCGACGUCGGGACGAAUCCCCGAGCACCGCAAAUACACAAGAUAGUGGAGCCUGUCGAUCUGUACUGGAAGUGUGGCCUGGCGAACCCUCACACCAGCCACUGUCUGGGCAGCGGUCAGAUCAUGAUCAGCUGUUUAGGAGACCCGUCCGGCAGCGGCAAAGGUGGUUUCGUCCUGCUGGACGGUGAGACGUUCGAGGUGGUCGGUAACUGGGAGCACCCGGGUGAAGCGGCGCCCUUUGGAUAUGACUUCUGGUACCAACCUCGACACAACGUGAUGAUCAGCACUGAAUGGGGUGCACCCAAAGCUCUGGCUGAUGGGUUUAAUCCGGCCCAUGUCAAAGAAGGUCACUACGGCACAUCCCUCCAUGUUUGGGACUGGACCACCCACAGGAAGCUUCAGACGCUCGAUCUGGGUGAGGAGGGUGCCAUUCCCCUCGAGGUUCGAUUCCUGCAUGACCCCAAUGCCGCUGAGGGCUACGUGGGAUGUGCUCUGGCUGGAACAGUCUUCAGAUUCUACAAAACACCAGAAGGUAACUGGGCUGCAGAGAAGGUGAUCAGCGUUCCCAGUAAGAAGGUGGAGGGGUGGGCGCUGCCUGAGAUGCCUGGUCUGAUUACAGACAUCCUGAUCUCGUUGGACGACCGGUUUCUCUACUUCAGCAACUGGCUGCACGGUGAUGUCAGACAGUAUGACAUCACAGACAGGAGGAACCCACGAUUGGUCGGCCAGGUGUUUCUGGGAGGAAGCAUCGUCAGUGACGGUCCGGUCAGAGUCCUGGAAGACCCGGAGAACCAGCCGCAGCCCCCACCACGCAUCAUCCAGGGGAGGCGUGUCCACGGAGCUCCUCAGAUGUUACAGCUGAGUUUAGACGGUCGGAGACUUUAUGUGACGACGUCUCUCUACAGCGGCUGGGACAAGCAGUUCUACCCCGACAUGAUCAAAGCUGGUUCAGUGAUGAUGCAGAUCGAUGUGGACUCUGGUAGUGGAGGUCUCUCCCUGAAUGAAACCUUCCUGGUGGAUUUUGGUAAAGAACCCGACGGUCCGGUUCUGGCCCACGAGCUCAGAUAUCCUGGAGGAGACUGCACGUCUGACAUCUGGCUGUAGAAACACCUGAAGCCGACAGAGGAGGGUCAGGAAUAAUAAUCCAGAACAUGAAUGUAGUUAAAGAUCAAUAAACUCUGCUGUUCACUUUUUCUCAGCUGCUUCAGAACAUGUUGAAACACGAGCUUCAUGCGUCCUGCAGAACCCUGCUAAUGGUCACCUUUAAUCACAGGUUUACAGGUGACUUCCAGCUGACGCACACAGAACGCAGACACGAUAAAAGUGCUGCAUGUAAAACAUAAAGAAACACAAGACAAAAUGAACCCACAUUCUAACUGGACUUAAAGGACUGAAAUAAAAUGGCAGCUAGAAUAAUGAUGGAGACUAAAAAUUAGAAGAUCAAUUCACUGAUUAAUACAACAGUGUGUUUUAAAGUCAACAUGAACGCUCGACGUGAGGACGUUAGAAGCUUUUGGGACCGGUUUCACAAAGCUAUUUUAGACUUUAAACUGAAGUUUGGACCAGAAAAUUAGACCCCUCGGCUAACAGGUCUAAGAUUCUGUGUUACCAUGGUAACCACCAGUAACAACCAGUUACGUUACAAACAGCCAAAUGAAAGAGAAAAUGGCUCAUAGUUUGCAGUUUGCUGAGGAUAUUAUGGAGAGAGCUCUGAGAAGGGAAAGAGCUUUUAGGGACCGCAGUAACCUUCUAGAAAUAUACAACAAUGAGGACGUUUCAGCGGUCGUUUUCUUUUACCCAACGCAGCUCUCCUGAGUCUGACAGAUGAAUUAGCUGAAGCACUGAGCUUGUACCAUAUUCUUGGAUUUUUUCUGUAUAUCUUUGACGCUCCCCUCAAUGAUCAGGUUAAUGCUGUUUACUGUCUUCGCAAUUCUUUUCCAAAUCAAGUAUUUAGUUUGUUACUACACUCCGCUAAAUGUUCCAAGUAAAAUGUCCUUAUAUCUAUUAUACUGCUUCCACAAACACAUUAUUUCUGCUGGGGUGCGCUGCACUGAGCGGUUGGAUGCCCCUACUCAAUCCGCCAUAUGUUUUUAAAAGUGUCUUAUUUUACCCAGAAUUCAUUGCAGUGUAGUCCUACUUAAGAUACUCAGUGUCUUCAGUGCUUUGUGCAACAGUCUGAUUUAGAUGUCUAUCUUAAGUCUGACUCUCUUCUACAUCUAAGCCAUAGUCAAAGUCUAUCUUUGUGAAACCGGACCCUGGUCUGCAGAGUUCUGAAACGCUGAUGUCUGCUGGUGGAGGUUCCAGAUCUGUGUGGUGUGACGUCACCAGCAGGCGCAGGACCUGAUCAGAUCUGGUACCUACACCGGCGCUGCAUCGCGGUGAUCCUCUGUACAUAUUUGUGAUUAAACAUUUCAAUUCUUUGUGAAAGAAAUAAAACUGUUGAAACAAAACAACCUGAACUAAAAACAUCCAUCACACAUCAGAACACUUACUAUCAAAUGAUCAAUCAUCUAGUGUCAUUAUUAAUCAUUUCAUGUCAUCUUAUUAAUGUUGUGGCUUGUUAAGUGUGCUUUGCCUUCAGAAAACCAACCGGCCAAUCAGAUUUCAGCCUGAGCCUCAGGUUUCUGUCUCCUGCAGCGCCUCCUGCUGGUCAAACUGUGCCCAUUAGAUGUUUAAAUAAAGUUGUGUUUGAACUAUCA